AGGAAUUAGUUUUCGUUUUUUUUCUGUUUUUUUUUAAAGAUAAUUUAUUUGGAGUUCUGCAGAGUUGUAAACUAAGACCAGGAAUUCUGGGAUCUAAUGACUUCCUAACAUCAGAUGUCAGAUAUAUCAGUAAUCAUAGGUGGAGUGUAUUUGUUGUAGUCAUAUGUUUUCACACAGAACAAGACUCAGACAGACAGUGAAUCAUAUUUAUUACCAUGUAGUGGUGGCAAUAAUUUAAUUUUCAGUGCAGGUAUUUGUCAGGAAUAUUAUGAUGAUUGAUGUGCAUGCCGUCAUCAAUCUGACAAGGGUGGCUGAUGUCAUAGCUAGAUAAAUAGCACUCCAUUCCAGCAGUAAGUACUUGGUAUAGCAUCAGAGCAUGCGUGAGAGAGUAUGCAGUGCAUGAUGAUGCACACACACACAUGCAGGAAGAAAGGUGCAUCACUUCCAGAUAUCUGGUGCAUUAUACUGUCUGCGAACUUGCCUGGAGUGAGUCAUAGAUGUCUAACAGGGAAGUCUGGGAGGGAGCCAGACAUAUUGGUCCAUAUACUCCACAGCCAUUGGGAUAUUAUAUAUACCCUGUCAGGGCCUGUGUAUAGGUUAUAGAGUGCCCAGUGAGUGGAUUUUAACCCAUCUGACCUUACUGUUGGGAGGUUCACACUGCUGCAGCCAGAGACUCAGUUACAAUUACUGCAGAGAAUGUGAGUGACAGGAAGAGUAAAGAUACAAUAGCAGUACAGUUGCACAGACUGAAUGACAAGCACAGCAAAAACUGAGGUACAGAAUUGAAAACAGCAGUAACAUACAAACAUAGCAGAGACUGGGAUACAGUGACAAUACUGAAUGAACAUAACAGUACUAAGUUAUAGCAGGUCAACUGUAGCCUAGACUUGCAUUCCAUAGUAGUUGCUAUGACAUUUUAACAGUGGACAGGAUGUCUGACAGCUCUAUCUAGUAUCAGUGGUAUUAAUCCAGGUACACAGAGAAGAACCCUCCAGUGACAGUUUUGUCUGAGGAGGUAGUGCCUCACCUGUCCCUCUUCAACACCAGAUGUCUUUACUGUAUUUAUAAUCCAUAUACCUGGAACAAUAUACAAUACAUGUGGGCAGUGAUUGGAUAAAAGUGAGAUUUAUGAUUCAGUUAUUACACAUCCUAAUUAAGGGCAUAUCAAGAGAUUGAUCAGAGCCAGGAUUGAGCAUGCUAAAAUAUACCUAUAGUUUUUUUAUGGUUUUGGAUAUUGAGUAUACAUAGAGGGCCCAAAUGAUGUAUUAACCAGUGCCAGAGUUAUGUAUACCAGUGUAUGGCUGGAAGGCACUCUGUUGUGUUGUUGAUCUGGAGGAGGGGUGUAUUUAAAGUUGUCAUUAAGGAGACAUAGAUGUGAACAGUCAGGGAAAUUAGUACAGCACAGAGCUCUGUAUAUAAAGGACAGUGGGCGUUAUUUUCAGUAACCAAGUACAGCUGCUAGCCAGGGCAGCACAGCUUUGGUCUCAAGACGUGGUAUUAAAUACAGUUUUUAUGGUGAUAAAUUCUGACAGACUGGUAGAGAGUGACAGACAAGUAUAUUGGCUGAUACUGCAAGAGCUAUCAAGAGAAGCCUUCUGAAGGACUAAGAUUUCUUUGCCAUUUGUUGUAUAUGAAUUUACAGCCAGGAUUGAGACCAGGAGUAUUUCUUUGAAUGCUGCUGAAUUCUUGUGGUGUUUACACAUUGGAUAUAAAUAUAUUUGAUUGACUUUCACAUCUGUUCAUUAUGUUACUGUACUAUACCUGUACUUAUACCUGAGUUAUUUGUGUACAUAGUUGGAUAUAUCUGAAGUACCUGUACAUAUUAUGAUAUAGGAGUAUGCGGGGAAUGUACUCCUACACGUACUAGCCACUAGUACAGAGUGGUGCUAUAGGUCCCCUGAUCUUGUAAAGUAUAGAUUACAAUGUCCUUGUAAAUAUAUCUCUUGACUUGACUGCAGUACAUUGAUCCUGCAGUAUUCCCCACUGGAUAUAGAGAACACUACCAGAAUAUGUCCAAGUUGUGAUGGAUGUUGAUUUUUGGUUCUCAUGAGGCACAAGCUUUGGCGGAGGUGGUUAAAGUUUCCAGGAUUAUUAUAGAGCUAGCUGAUGAGUUAAUACUGACAUAUAGCUGAGCUGGCUGUGGAAACUGUAGCCAGACUUUGCUGCGAAGUAUAAUAAAUCAAAUUGAGAAACUAUACUUUACAGAUGGAAGUCUUUAUCUUAGUCUUGCUGGAUGUCCACAUGGAGUACCACUGAGUGUAUGGAUGUUGGAUCAGUGUUGGAUAGUAAGGUGCAGCAGGUCAGGACUUAUUACAUCAUUGUAGAGCUACUGGGAGUGCUACACAAACACAAGGUUUAGACUUCACCUUACUAUGACUGGCUCAUAGAUUGUCAUCAUUGAUACACACAGAAAGAAAAUAACAGGGAAAAUGAAAGAGGAAUUAAACCAGUGAUAUGGGCAGCAUUUGAGCCAAGCUAAUGGAAAUAAAUCUCAAUGUUAGUGGUAUCAGCUGUUAGAGUGGUAUUGCUUUCUAUAUGGACUGGAAUAUAUAGUAAAUCAGGCACAGAUUGUGUGUCAGGAGCACUCUGUCCUCUCAACACUCUCUCUGUUUAGAUAUAGUCUUAUUGAUAUAUAACUGUAAAGCUUGACACUGCUCUGUGAGCUCCUUUACUUGAUCUGUUACAUCCACUAAAUAUUUGGAUGUAGAUUAAAAAAAAAAAACAAUUUUCUCUGACAUGGCGUGCUUUUGAUCAAAUCAGACGAGAUGGGAAUGAUUUGGACAUUUGUUGCCACGGGACUGUACUGUGAGAUCUUGGUAGCAAUUAUUUUGAUGUUGCCAUGGAUACCGUGUGAAAGAUGGCAGAAACUGUUCAAGUCUCGGUUCUUGAUGAUCAUCACGUCCUAUGCCAACUACUAUUUCACAGUGUUCAUCGUGAUCCUCAUGGUUGUGUUUGGAGAUGCUAUACGAGAGGUGUAUAAAUACUCUGGGGAGGAGAAGAUGCUGGACCCCAAGACCACGCACCACGACACUCUGGAGCACAUCCAGCUGCGUCUGUUCCGCUCCCAGCGCAAUCUGUACAUUGCAGGCUUUGCCUUGUUCUUGUGGCUAGUGUUGAAGAGAUUGGUAGUUCUGAUAUCUGCGGCUGCUACCCUCACUGCUCAGAGAGAUGUGGCCUUGAAGCAGGCAGAGAACACCUCUGCUCAUGCCAAGAAACUGAUGGAAGAGGCAGAUACUAAGAAGGCCAAUAAAGACAAUGAGGAGAAGGAUGAAGAGAGAAAGAGGACCUCCAGUGCCAGUGACAAGCUAGAGGAGGAACUGAAGAGAGUGAAGGAAGAUCUGGAGAAGUCUGAGUCAGAACUGGAGCAAUCUAAAAGGGAUUUGCAGACGUUAAAGAAGCAAGCGUCUGCCACCAACAAUGAGUAUGAUCGUCUGCUCAAAGAGCAUGCUGAACUCCAGGCUAAGUUAGAGUCAGGAGGUGAAGACAAGAAGGACCUGUAAGGGCAGUGUGACAUGGAUGUCUCUAAGUAUAUAUGACUGUUUUACAGUACUGUGGUGAAGUGAGCUGCAGUUUUAAAGGACUUACUAUUAACAGAAUACCAGCCAGGAGGGUGCAAUGAGGACCCACAUACACACACAUAAACUCCAUGUGUGUGUGUCUAUUUCUGCUUACUUGUGCUGGUUAAAACUAGUCUAAUCAAGCAAGAUAGAUAUUCAAAAUUAAAGUUUUUGUGACAAUUUUUACCCUUUUUUACCAAAAUAUUGAGGCACAUUUGCUAAAAUGAAUAUUUCUGCACUCACUGCAACUGAUAUGGAUAAUUAGAAACUUUAUCACGUUUAUGAACUAUUGCAUUUGUCAAAAAGGGGUUAAAAAUCAAAUAGGUAUAGGUGAAAUGGAACUCCAGAAAUUGCUUCUGUAAUAAAAAUUGCCAUUGUAAAAAUGUAUUUUAUUUAUAAAAGAAAAAGUAAUAUAAAGCUCUCUUGUCCUGUUUACAAAGGGAAACUUUCAGAAUGGGAGAAAAUGCUGCUUUCAGCUACUCAUUGCCCUGUAUCCAAGUGAAGGCUUUUGUUGUAAUUUUCAAGGGUUUUAUGUAAUGGAAAGAUGACAGAAAAGAAGCUAAGCCAGAUGUGGUCUGUGCUGGUUUCUUUUUAUUUGCAGCUUUGAAAAAUAUCUUGAAAUCCACAAAACUACAAUUUUACACAGUGCUCAAGAGGUUGGGGCAGGCGUGUUUGUACAAGUGAUUAACUUCAUUAUAUCUUCAAGGAUAGAAAGAAAUUAGAUUCAUAGUUUUAGAUCCAUACCUUGUCUACGGACUGACAGUUUCAUCCCCUAUUUCUGAUGUCUUGGUCACAGUAGAUGGGACUACAAGAAUUGUCCCUCUUAGCUGUGAAAUGCAAGAAUAAGUGGAAAAGGUUUGAGUCUAAAAUCUUUGAAUCUAACCUGCCUAGGGUAGAAUGGAAGUGGUGAUAAAGAACAAUGGCUAUCCACAUAGCCACAGUAGGUUAAACUGGAGGUUUAUGUUACUAAGGUAUUGUAACAAUGUUACUCAUUUAUGAUAAAGGAAAAUACUGUGGUGAGAUUUUAAUGACCAGUGAUUAAAGGUAAUUAGUAUACCAAUCCUGUAGAAAGUGUGACUUAUUAAGUUCUGCCACUCACCACAUUUGAAUGAAUGUUAAAAUAAAGUUUGGUCCAUUGUGUUUUUUUUUUUUUUUUUUUUUUUUUGCCAUAGCUGCAUUUUAAUGUAGUUUUGCACCAAAUGUUUUGAAUAACUUAGUUGUUAAAAAUAUAUGUAUAAAAUUGAUUAUAUUUCAAACAAAUGCUUUUAAGAAAAUGCCUUCAGAUUUUGUGCUACAUGCCUUCCAUGUUCACUUCUUCUAGAAUGGUUUGUUAUAGCAGUAUGUUACAGCUGAUGUCACUUAUGUACUGGUGCUAUGUGGGAGGUUCUUGAUAUUAUAUAUUAACAACAGAAUAGUUUCUGAACACAAUCAUGGUAUAAGAUGAAUAGAAAAUGUUUCUGAAUCAUGCAUUGAUAGUUAUGCCGUAGAAAAUGGAUAUGAAAAAUAAUUUACAUUGAAAUGGUUGCAUCAUGUAUGAAAUAAAGCCUUGCUUAAUUA